AUGGCUCUAAAGGGAGUUAGACAAUUUUCAUAUUUAUUACUGGAAGAAAAUGAGGAAUAUUUGUCAGAUACUUCGUGUUUAUGCAAACAUAAUUUAAGCAAACGUUUAUAUAAAGAUAAUUUUAAGGGUAGGAUGAGGAUAGGGACAAAGUCAAUAACAAUAGAGCCUGAUGAUAUCUCACUUCCAAUGAUUAAAGUGAUGUUUGUGUGUAUAAAUGAAAUGACAUACUCUGAAACUCAGCAAACUGGGGUAAAUAAAACAAUUAAUUUCUACAGUUUAUUAAUUGCAUGUAAUAGCAUUCGAUUAAUUACGGUUCAAAUAAUAAACGGUAAAUCUCGUUGUGUUACUCCGAAUUUAAUAAAAUCUAGUGCAGAUUCAGGCACGAAUUUUCAACUUCAAAUUUUAAUGUCAUACGAAAAUGUAAAGAUGUAUAUUUCGUUAUGUAAUGAAUUGUGGACAUAUUAUAAAGGAGAUAAACAUAGGAAAUCAGUUGAAUGUAUAGAAAAUAUUGCAGAUAAAUGGUUAAAUAAAUUAUAUUCGAGUGAUAUAUCUAAUAUGGAAUAUGAAUUUCUUUUAGAUCAUCGUGAUAAAUUCCUACUUACAAAACCAUUAAUAGCAUACAGAGUUAAGCCCUUUAUUAAACAUAGGGGAUUUUUGCAUAUUAUGCAGUCAGGUAUUUAUUUUAAAUAUCUGCCUAAUUUUUCGAAUAAACCUUAUAAAAGAAUUCCUUUAAAAAGUGUGUGGUUUAUAUUUCGUAGGAUAUACUCAAUGAAACCAAAUACUCUGGAAUUUAUUUGUGGUAAAGAUAUUUCUAAUAUUAAUACAGGAAAAUGGAAAUGUAUAGUUUUAGAAUUUCAGUCAAACCAAGAUCGUGAAUAUGUUGCUACAUUAUUACAAUCUUAUUUAACAAAUAUAAAUUCUAAAAAACAAACUGAUUUAGUAUCAAUCAAAUCUUAUGCAUCUUGUUCUUGCAAAUCUUCUUGCCUCUCUCUACUAUAUGUGGAUCCAUUUUAUGCCAGUCAGAGUAUUUGUUUUAAAAAUUAUAUGCAAAGUUUAUGGAUAAGAGGUGAAAUAUCAACUUAUCAUUAUUUGGACUAUUUGAAUAGCAUCAGUGGGAGGUCUAGAAGUGAUUUGUCUCAGUAUCCAGUAUAUCCUUGGACAUUAUGCAAUUUUGAAGGAAAUUUUAAUAAUGAAGGUGAUAUAAUAGGAAAUAGAUCAAAUUUCAGAGAUUUAUCAAAACCUUUAGGAGCUUUAAAUGAAACUAAUUUGGAGAUAUUAAAAGCUAGAAUGAGAGAUUUACCACCUAAUGAUCAAUUUCUUUAUGGUUCUCAUUAUUCUACACCAGGUCAUAUUUCUUACUUUUUGAUUCGAUCAUUUCCUGAAUAUCAAUUGAAAUUGCAUUGUGGAGAUUUUGAUGUUUGGAAUAGGAUUUUUCACUCAAUUUGUGAAACUUGGAAGACUAUUACACAAGGUAGAGCAGCAUAUAUGGAAUUAAUACCUCAGUUUUAUGAGCAAGAUCCUAAUUUCCUUUUGAAUAAUAAAUUGAAAGUUCAUACAAACAAUGGUAAUUUGAGUAAUGUUAAAGUCCCGAACUGGAAUUUUGAAGAGAAAGAUUUAAACACUCGGAGUUCUGAAUAUCAAGUUGCAAGGAAAUUUUUGUAUUUUAUGAGACUAGCUCUGGAGUCUUCAAAUACAAGUGAACAAAUUAAUGAUUGGAUUGAUUUAAUAUUUGGAUAUAAACAGAGAGGUAAAGAAGCAAUACUUGCCAAUAAUUUAUUUCAUCCUAUUACUUACAUAAACUCUCAGAUAGCAAUUACGAAAGAUUUAUCACCUGUUUAUAUUAACUCAUUCAAGAUUAAGGAAAUACCUGGAGAACAACUAGAAUUGCAAAAUGGGAAUUUAAGGGGAUUUACUACAGAAGGAAUUGGAAAUGAAAUAUCUAAUAAGUACAUUUCAAAGUCUGAAUUGAAUUUUAACGACAAUGUUCCUAUAUUUAAUGAGAAAUAUAUCAAUUCAUGUGGAGAUGAUAUAGCUGCAAUAAAGGCUCAAGUGGAAGAAUUUGGUCAAGUUCCCAUACAAAUAUUUGAUGGUCCUCAUCCAAGACGUAAUAUAAUUGAUAAAUCUAAAGUAUUAAAGCAUACAUGUGAUGAUUUAGCUAAUUAUCCAUGGUUUGUCCUUCUCAAACUACGUACAGAGUUGAUUGAAUCUCAAUUUGGAGAUACUAGUUUAAUUAACAAUAGAGUUCAAAAUUGUGAUAUUCUGGAGUCACAUGAUAUUUAUGACAAAUAUUCUGUACACAAUUUUGGGAAGUAUAACAAUAAUUCUGACCUUAGUAAUAAUACAGAUAACCAAUUGUUACAUCCUAUUGAUUUUUCUUCUGAUUUAGAUGGACAUGAUAAAUCUCUCCAUACAACUGAUAAUUUUACACACUAUCAUUGUAUUAAUGAAACACAUAAGUCUAAUUUCGUUAUUAAUGAUGGUAAUUUGGUACAAAAGAAAAGUUCUGCAGCUUUUAACUCAACUGAAGACAAGAUACUAGAUAUCUAUAAUGAUUCUGAAAGUGGAAAUAAGAGUAAAUUACUAUCUUGUGUAGAUAUACCACAAGCAAAAUUUCAAAAUAUAAAAAUAAGCUCUUCUUUAUUCAUGGAAUGGAGUGGAUAUCAAACACUAUAUACAUGUAUAUCAAGAAUUAAUGACAAAAAUCUGAAUAAAAUCGGAACUUUUCUUGAUGUGAAUCCUUUAUUUACCGAUUUUGUUACUAAAUCAUAUAUAGAUAAUAAUUUUAUUUCUAUUACUCAAUAUGACAAAUUAUAUAUAAUGGUUGUAUUAUGGAGAGAUGGAUUUCUUAGAUUAUAUCAAUAUAAUGCUAAUAAUUUAAAUAUAAAUUCUAAAUUUCAUCAAUAUAAAGAAAUAAAGACAAGUCCUUUUCUACCUCUAUGUGUAACAAAAAUAGAUGAGGAUUUGCAAAACAAAGUUUCUUAUUUAAGUGCCUUUCUUACAAUGUAUAAUUCUUGUUACAUCUUAUAUGUAGUUAUUGGAACUGAAGUUGGAGGUGUUUUGUACUUACUCUAUGCUUCAGUAGAAGGGAAUACUAGGCAUAUAACCAAUUUUAAAUUAAGGAUGUCGAGUGAAGUCAAUAUAGAUCAUGCUUCUAAGAAAGAAUUAAUAAACAAAAAUAUUUGUAUUUUUCUUAAAGAUAAAUAUAUUAGACAGUAUAAUAUGGCCGAAAUUACAUAUAUCAAGAUUUUUGAGGACAAGAAUCAAGUAUUUAUCAUUAUUACCUCGUUAGAUGGUGUUAUUUCUAUUUGCAAACAUACUCAUAAUCUCCAAUCUAAACUUCUUUUAAGUCAUCUUCAAUGGCUUCCCAUAAUUGAUAUACCUCUACAUGGAGAUCCGAUUUGCAUUUUGGAGACUAAUUCAGUAUUUUCAUGGAAGAACAUACACAUUUCAAAAGAAGAAACUGAAAAGAUUGAUGAAGUAACUAAAAUUACCUUGGAUUUUACUAUAGAAGAGAAUAAAGUUAAAUCUAACAUUAUUCCUUACUAUCAUGACAAUGAGGAGACAACAAUAGGAAUUUCCAGCAAAGUGAGUGCAACUGGAGAUAUAAAUAUAAAAGAGCUAUCAUUUUCUUGCUUGAUAGUCUCAAAUAGCGAGUGGAAUAGUAGGAAUAAAGCAUACUUAUGGUUUAUAGAACCAAGUGAAGUAUAUACUUUAGAUAUUAUUGCAAUGAUAGGAAAUUCCUCUUCACUAAAGUGUGAUGAGGAUCAUUCUGAUAUAAAUCAUCCAUUGAAUAAUUUUGAUCAAAUAUCAUGGAUAAGUACUGAUAGGUAUAAUCUCUUACAUUUUGUUGGAUAUAAUCCAGAAACAAAGACUACAAUUAUAGUUACAUGGGAGAUUAAUCAGAAGAAAACUAAACUAGUAGGGAUUUUAUAUUUACCAAAUUUAGUUGUUUACAGUGCCACUUGGGAUUAUUAUAGGGGAGGGAUUAUUCUUGCUGCAAAAUAUUUUAAAUAUGAUCCUGUAUAUAGCGAGAGUAACCAUGUGACACAUGAAGAUGUAUAUGCAAUCUUAUCACUAAAAGAUAAUGAUAUAGCUAUGCAAGAUAUACCUCUAACAAUAUACUUACUACCACAAAUCUACAUAUUUAAUUCAGAUCUAAAGGUUUCACUUGUGGAAUAUUUGGAUACGAGGACUGCUUUGCAAGUAUUAAUGCCAAAUCUACAAUCAGUUAACAUAAACAAAAUAUAUUGUACAAAAGACCACUUGAUUUUAGAUCUGUUGAGUGGUCUUUUAAUUUGUAAUGUAGAGGUGGAUAUACUUGAAGACUGA